GAGAGAGUGAGAGCGGGCACACAAGGAACACAGGCUUCUCUCCAACGUUGGAUUCUAGUUGUAUUUCAUUCAGCGCGUUCACUUAAAUCACAGGCAGUUGAAAGAGCUAUGAGAUGAUAUCUUUAUUGAAAGGUAAUCCAGCUCUGAAUGAAAACCAAACAGAAUGAAGACUGACCCUGGACAUAGCAAAGGAAAGCACAAUGUGGCGAGAAGACAUAGCAGAAUCCAAGUAGAGGAACAAAAAUCUCUAAAGAAUUCUUUGUUGAAAUUAGUUGACUAACAUACCAACAUACCAACUCCACUAUGACCACCCCAACGGUGCUUCUUCUACUUUUGGUUUGUAUGUGGGAGGAGCACAGAGGUGAGAGCUCACUAAUUGUUAGUUUACUAAUUCCAGUUGAGAACAGUGAGGAAGCCCUAACAGAUGUCAGGGCUGGAGAAAACACUGUCUCUCUCACUGUGAAUCAUGGUGAGAAUGCUGAGGUUCUUAUGACUACCCACAUCCCACUGGCUCCUGGAUUAACAGAAAAGGGAAAUAAUGGCCUGGAUGAACUGGUACAGAUAUCAACCCAAACUGCCUUUACCAUCCACACCACUUGGAAUGUAAUUAUAUCCAAGAGUGAAGCUGUGGAUAAUGUUCACACUCAGUCACUGGAGACUCAAGAGUCCAUGGAGGCAGAUCCAAAUGGAGACCCCAGCCAUCAUUUGAAACUCCAGACUGACUUCCAUCCAGAGUCCAGAGUUCUUCCAAAGAGCAUCUCUAGCCGGGGCUUGGUGUCUCAGGCGGGGGUGGUGGGGCUAACUCUAAUUUGGGAGCGGCCUCGCUCUCGUCAUAGGCGGAGUUGGCAGUGGAACCAGUUCUUUGUGAUUGAGGAGUACAGAGGACCAGAACCAGUGCUCAUCGGACGGCUGCACACAGACAUGGACAGGGGCGAUGGGCGUACUAAGUACAUAUUAGAAGGAGAGGGGGUGGGGUCUGUGUUUGUCAUCGACGGGAACACAGGAAACAUCCACGUCACCAAGUCCCUGGACCGAGAGGACAAGGACCAGUACCGCCUGAUUGCUACAGCAACCAACCGCCAGACAGGCCGCGCCCUCGAACCCUCGUCCACGUUCAUCAUCAGAGUUCAGGAUAUCAACGACAACCCACCUGUCUUCCAGAAUGAGCCCUACACCGCCACUGUGCCCGAGAUGGCCAAUAUAGGUACAUCCAUAAUCCAGGUGACAGCCACAGAUGCAGACGACCCUACGUAUGGUAACAGUGCCAGGCUGGUGUAUGCUGUGACCCAGGGCCAGCAGUAUUUCUCUGUGGAUCCUCAGACAGGUGUCCUACGUACUGCUGUAACUGACAUGGACAGGGAGAGUCAGGACACCUAUCUGGUAGUACUUGAGGCCAAAGACAUGGGGGGGCACCUGGGGGGGAUGUCAGGGACGACCACAGUCACUGUGAGGCUGAGUGAUGUCAACGACAACCCCCCUCACUUCAGAAAGAGUGCCUGGUCGUUCUCUAUCUCUGAGCUGGCAGCACCAGGGGUGGAGGUGGGUCGCCUCUCAGCAACAGAUGCUGAUCUGGGGGAUAAUGCCAUGCUGGAAUAUACCAUCCUGGACGGAGAGGAGGGAGACACAUUUAACAUCACCGGAAGAGACCAAGAAGCUGUCAUUGUACUAAACAAGUUGCUGGACUAUGAGAGUCGCAGUUCAUUCUCAUUCUCAGUGGAAGUUGUGAACCCCAUGGUGGAUGCACGGUUCCUACGGAAGGGUCCCUUUAAGGACUGUGCGACCGUAUGGGUCAUGGUCCUCAACGCAGACGAGCCCCCCCGCUUCUCCCGAUCCCGUUACCGUCUGGACGUGCCUGAGAACUGUCCUCCUGUCUGCAGCGUGGGCCGAGUAUCUGCUGUUGACCCAGACACAGGACAAAGCACAAACAUCAGGUACUCCAUUGAUCCCCAGUCUGACCUGGAGGCUCUGUUCCGUAUUACUACUGACAGCGGCCUCAUCACCACGGUGAUGGAGUUGGACCGGGAGCGUGAGCAAUGGCAUAAUAUCACUGUCAUCGCAACACAGAGAGACAAUCCAAACCUUGUGACCAGGGUUGUGGUUGCCAUAGAGACACUGGACCAGAAUGAUAAUGCACCAGAGUUGGACAGACAGUACACAACAUCUGUGUGUGACUCCAGUACCCCUGGACAGGUUGUUCAGGUGGUGAGGGCAGUGGAUAGGGACCAGGGAGGACAGGGCGUCACCAUCCACUUCAGCAUCCCUCCAGAGUUCAGCUCUGCUCUAAACCUCACCAUCAGGGAGAGUGGAGGUGCCACAGCCAGCCUUGUUCUCCAGUCGGCACUGCAGCCCCUCCCUGACUUCUCCUUCUCCCUCCUCACCCUGUACGUGCCCAUUGUGCUGCGGGAUGGGGCGUCUGGCCUCACCAACACCGGGACGGUCACCGUGAACGUAUGUCCCUGUCUGAGAGGGGGCAUGCGGGCCGAGGAGCAGGGGAGACAGAGGGACAGGGGCUGGGAGAGACAGAUGGUAUGUCUGCCCCGGCCCUCAACCUCACCAUCACUGAUCUUCAGUAUGGUCACCCUGCUGGCCCUGCUGGCCUGUGUCACUACACUGCUAGUGGUGUGUGCUCUGUCUCUGUCUCUGCGGCAUCAGAAGCAAGACUCCCACUCCCCAUUUGAGGAGGAGGAUGUGAGGGAGAACAUCAUUACCUACGAUGACGAAGGGGGAGGGGAGGCAGACACUGCUGCCUUUGACAUCACCGCGCUCCAGAGCAUGCACAGAGUAGAGAGCAUGCACAGAGUAGAGAGCAUGCACAGAGUAGAGAGCAUGCAGGACAGCAGGAACAUAUGGUAUACCCAGCAGAAUCAGGCCAGGGACAUGACGUACAGCUGGAGCCGGACCCCACACUCUACUGCGGACCCACAGCGUCCAGGCUCAGCCCCUGUAUAUGGAUGCCUCUGCUACAGCAUUCACACCCUGCCUGUCCUCAGAGACUGUCACAAGGGGAAAACACCAUUCCAGUCAGGUCUGCAGCUGGCCAAACCGAUGGGAACCUAUGGGCUUCCUGGCAAUCACAUGGAUAAUAACUCCCUAGUCAUCCAGAACCAGGGCACCUUUGAUCUACUGGAGCCUGAGGCGAUUCAUCUCAACUCUGCUGAGCCAUGGUUCCCCAGCAGAGAUGGACCAGAGAUCUGGGUGGCUAACAGCAGACCCACAGAAAAAGAGGGAGGCAGGGAGACCAACACUGACACCCAGCAGCAGCUGCAUCCAGAGCAUGGCCCAAUCAGAACACAGCCGGAGUCUGUACUGACAGAUGAAGCACGGGUUCUGACCUAUUCUGUCCCAAAUGGCUCAUCCUCUCAGAGUCACAGCAGCAGCAUCUCUUCAUCAGAGCAGCAGGAGAACAAUCCAGACCUCAUUCCCUCCCACACUACCACCACCACCACCACCGGAGCUUCUAGCUCAGCAGUAGAAGACACAGACACAGAUUCCUCUUCUCUCCCCAGCUCAGAGAAGAAUGAAGACGCUGUUGGUGUUAGCCAGAUAAAUACUAAUCACAUCCACACUAAUCUACUGGGGGACUCAACAUACAGCAUUGUGGGUUCACUAAACCAGGGCAGUGGAGGGAUACCUGUGACCGGAACUACUUUGUAUCCAGGCAGUGCAGAAUUCCUGAACAUGUAUGCACUGAGUAGGAGGGACCUGACCCCACAGCUACUACCCCUCUCUGGAGGCAUGCUGGGAUACGGCAGGGGGUGGUUUUGUGAGCGGGGACUGGUGGCUGACAUGGCAGGGGGUGGGGCUAACUGUAAAUCCUCCCUGCCUGUGAGGAUGGAGGAUUUCCUGAAGCACCGUCUGGACCAGGUGACCUUAGACCUAUCCCAGCCACCCUACGACUCACUGCAGACCUACGAGUUUGAGGGGGGGGACUCCCGAGCGGGGUCGCUGAGCUCACUGGAGAGCGAGGGAGAGAGAGAGGAGGAGAGGGUGAGGGAAACAGUAGACAAGUUGGACCAGAAGUUCCAAAGGCUGGUGAAGAUAAUCAAAGAGAGAGAACAAGAAAAGGAGUGUGACAGAAGGUCAGUGGAGGAGGAGACACUGGUAGGAGAUAGAAGCCAAGGUUUGGUUGUCAAUGACACAAUCAAAACAGAGUGUGGGUGAAGAAAAAGUCUCAAGGUGUGAUUUUUAGAGAACCUGUGAACCAAAGACACUGAGUAGCAGUUUGGAAAGGAGGAGAGAGAAACAUUCCAACGGAUUCCAUUUCAAAGCAAUACGAGGGUGUUAUGCACAACUUCAGAGAGAAAGUUCUGUUCAAUGACUAAACUUCCUGCUCAUUGGCAAUGCAGCACAGCCAAGACAUGCCAGAGGAUCCAUUCAGCACACCUCAUGAACUCACUCUUCUGUGUUUAUUAAAGAGCAUAUAAAAUCUGUCACUUUUAGACUUCUCUUGUAACUGAUAUGAAUAAUUCACUUAGCUAAAGUUAUGAAAAAAUAACUUUCUGAAAUAUUGAUUCCCAGCCCUGAAAGUCGCAUUGUUGGAAAAUAGGCCUCAUGAAAAAUGUAAUGGAAUUGUGAUAUUUAAUAUUGAUAGUUUAAUAGGGGCACUCUCAAUCAGAACACUGUGUUCCCAAAUGCAUCAUUUAAACUGAAUUGAACCAAUUUAAAAAGCACACUUUACAUGGAGUUAAUAUAAAUAUAUAGGCAUGACUAAAGAAUCUGUCCACAUUACAUCCAGUCAAAUGGAUGCUGUUCUGAUGAUAACAUCUUAGUAGACACACUGUUGUAUACAGGUGCCAUGUUGCUUCACAAUCAGGAGGGAGCUCCUCUGAAUUGAAUUGUGUAGCCAACAAGCUAUGUAUUGUGUAACUCCCAGUAAUUAUAAUCACAGUAGUAAAUUCUAUGAAACACUAUGCAAUUUGCACACAUACCUGAGAUAAUAUGUCCUUGAAGGAGCCUUGUAAAAAGUGUAAUGUUUCCUACUAUAGCGACAUGAUUAUGUGCAUUUUGUAAAUAUCAACCUCUGCAAAUGUGGUGAUUAUUCAGUGGAGGAUUUCACACAAACCAAGAAAGCGUCCCUUUAUGAGUAACACUGUCAUUAUUUCACAAAAAAUGACACCCAUAAUUUGAAGUGAUUAAAUGGUUGGUGUUGAAUAUGUCUCGUGACAUGUUAUUUCCCCCAGAUAGUUCAGAUAUAACAUUUUGGGCAAUAUAAACCUGUUCAUUGAUUUUAGGGCUGUAGUGAUAUUCUGGUCUGCUUUCAUAUUUGCAACCCUUCCUACUACACAAGCUGGCUCUUUCUUUAAACCUGAGAUGGAACUGGGAAAACAUACACACGCAAUCUUACUGUUGACUAUACUAUGAAUAAUUUAACUGAAGAAUGAUUAAUAUGACCACCAAUCAAUAUUUCCCACCAAAAGAUCAAGAUGAUCUGAUUUGCAAACAAUAUGGCUAAUU